CUUUUAGUUAGCAAGCACACAACUAAAUGGUUGAGAUCCAACUAAGGACUACAAAAUCUUUGCAUUGUCCCUUAUUAUAUAUAGUAAUAUAUAUAUAGAGAGAGAGACUGAAAAGGUAGUAAAUGACUUGAAAUUAUCAUGAAUACUCCUACUUGUAUGCAGUUGGGCGUGAGGAAAGGUGCAUGGACCGAAGAAGAAGAUUUUCUUUUAAGAAAAUGCAUUCAAAAAUACGGUGAAGGAAAGUGGCAUCUUGUUCCUCCUAGAUCUGGUUUAAAUAGAUGCAGGAAGAGUUGCAGAUUAAGGUGGCUGAAUUAUCUAAGGCCAAAUAUAAAGAGAGGUGACUUCUCUUCUGAUGAAGUUGAUCUCAUUUUGAGGCUUCAUAAGCUUCUAGGCAACAGGUUUAUAAAUGUCAUGAUGGUCACUAUUGCUGGUAGACUUCCAGGAAGGACAGCAAACGAUGUGAAAAAUUACUGGAACACUCGCCUUCUCAGGAAGUUAAAUAUUGCUCCUCAGAAACAAGAGAGAAAGUGCAAAUCUAUUCAUGAAAACGCCAUAAUAAAACCUCAACCUCGGAAACUUUCAACCACCAAGAAGUUGAAUUUUUCUUGGUGCAACAAUAAAAGUAUCGGAAAUGAAGAAGCAUCGACAGACAACGACAUCCAAUGGUGGGCAAAUAUACUGGAAAAUUGCAAUGACAUUGAAGAAGAAGCAGCAGCUAAAAGAACACCAAGUUUGUUGAAAGAAGGACAAAGUGAUGGUUGGGAUGAAUUUCCUGUGGAUGACAUAUGGAAUCUACUUAAUUAGCCGAGAUAAUAAAAUGGCAGUGUAAACCUGUAAUAGGGAUAUAUUCGUCGUUUAUAUUUUGUAUCCCAAUUUCAAGUUGAUAGGAAAAUAGUUUUGAGUAUUCUAGAAUUACAAAGUGCAUGCGCUCUGAUGUUAUUCACGUAGGUGCAUUGCCUUUAUAUUAUCUAGGUGUGUGCUUUUGUGGUUUUAAGGUGAUCAAGGUUAUUGUGGGAUGUGAAAGCAUUUAGUCGUUUUGAGUCUAAGAUUAUCCUUUAGUGGAGUAUCUAUUAAAUGUAAUGUUAUUUUCUAAGAGUGAAGUAUG